UCCUGCUGCUUCGUCCCUCGUUCUUCCACACGUUGCCGGUUUUUCUUUUCAUUACUAUCACUUUCACGCUCCCUUCAUCACUCCUGCGUGUUUUUUCUUGCCUUCCUUCGUCAGUUUGCUUCGGAGGAGAAACCAGGAAAGCAGGUCACCUCCAAAGUUAGAUUGACAAAGUACCACAUGGGAAAAGACUCGCAGCUCAUGACUCCGGAAUAAUCUGGUGCUCCAGGAGGACGUGCAUGACCCGCUUCAGGCCAAACUCAAGAAUUUACUAGGAAUUGUCGCAUCAUAACUCGGGUUCUCAGCGAUGACCUGUUGAACCGUCUGGAACACUCGAGCAAAAUGGCGGCGGUGAGGCCAAAUUCCCCGACUCCUGAGGACCCAAUCACACCCCCUCCCAUGACCACACCACCCCGGAAGGCUUCGGUUCGACUGCAGGAGAGACGCGGCUCCAAUCUGUCGCUGCUCCUGGAUGUGAGCGGUUUGGGGGCGGAGCCUGUGUGCCUAGUGUCCACACCAAAAGAGGUGUGGCUUCAGCUUCUCCACACCUCCUCUCGCCCACUCACGUACGCCGACCUGCAGGAGGCAGCCUCGGACAUAAGCGCCUUGAAUGUGGAAUACCAGAAAAUCCCUCCGAACUUUGUUAGCGCCGCUGAGCUCGACGUUCCGGGACACACCAUCAAAGACAGAUAUAAAACAAUCUUGCCCAACCCAGAAAGUCGAGUGAUACUGAAGAGUUUUGAGGAGGAGGCGGGGCCAGACCGCUACAUCAACGCUAACUACAUCCGGGGCUACAAAGGAGCUCCAAAGACCUUCAUAGCAACACAGGGGCCAAUGUUGCACACUGUGGGGGACUUUUGGGAUAUGGUGUGGCAGGAGCGGAGCAACAUCAUCGUCAUGGUUACGAGACUCAAGGAGAACAAUGAGAAAUGUGAGGUUUAUUGGCCGCAGCGGAGGGACGUGUGCAGGAGGCGGGGAAAAACAGAAGAGGAUGAAAAUUCCGGACAGUUUGGUCGGUUCCUUCUCAGGGUGAAAGACAGUGAAGACAAAGACGGCUUUACAGUCACUGACUUGGAGGUCCAGCUGGGUGAGGAGCGUCGACUGGUCAGACAUUACUGGUUCACGUCAUGGCCUGAUCACCACGUCCCACAAUGCACCGCCCCUUUGUUGCAACUGAUCAAGGAGGUGACUGAGCACCGUGAUGCCGUCCAAACCAGUCACACUCACGCUGACUCCGGACUGAAUGUGGCCCCUGGGCCGAUCACUGUCCACUGCAGUGCAGGUAUCGGUAGAACCGGCUGUUUUAUAGCUGGCAGUAUUUGUUCUCAGCAGCUCAGAGAAACAGGUCAGGUUGACAUUUUGGAGACUGUGUGUCAGCUGCGACUCGACAGGGGGGGGAUGAUCCAAACUACAGAGCAGUACCAGUUCCUCUACACACUCAUGGCUCAGCACAGUUUUCAGUUACAAAAUGAUGAUCAGGUUAGGAGCCAGAAUCUGCCUCAAGCGUUGAACCAGCAGACUCCAGACGAGCAAGUCAGAUUAAAGCUACUGUGUCUCAGACUGGAAAACUCACAGGACAUACAGGAAUGAUGCUCCGACUUUUUUAUUUCAUGUGUUUAAAAAUAUUUGUGAGUAAUGGAACACAAAUAAAACAAAAUGGCUUUC